AAGCGAAAACAACACGCACGCAUUGAGAGAGAGAAAGAAAUCAUCAAGAGAAAAAAACACAGAGAGCAUUCCGAAGAAAUGGCACCAAAACGCAAGGCCGAGAAAGCUGCCGAACCGGCGGCGAAGUCGGGAAGAGUCACUCGCUCCGCCACGAGACUCACUCGUUCCGGUGCCAGGAGUUCUUCCGUCGCUAACUUUAUCGAGUUACCAAACACGACUAGGAAAUCGCCGGCGAAGGCGAAGAAAGCUGAGGUUAAAGGGAAGGGGAAAGGUAAAGUGAAAGAAGAAGGUGAAGGCUCUGGAGCUGUUAAUGGAGAUGCCGCCAAGACUGUCGUUGUGGUUGAGCAUUGCAAGCAGUGCAACUCGUUCAAGACGAGAGCUACUCAGGUGAAGGAUGGAUUGGAGAGUAGUGAUCUUGAUGUUGUUGUGAAGCUGAAUCCUGAGAAGCCAAGGAGAGGCUGUUUUGAAAUCCGUUUGGAAGAUGGAGACAAAACUUUCAUCAGCCUUUUGGACAUGAAACGGCCAUUUAAGCCCAUGAAAGAUCUUGACAUGGACAAGGUCGUCUCUGAUAUCAUUGAGGAGUUAUCUAAUGAUAGCUGAUCUAGUUGUUUCAUAUUCAGGUUUUAGGGAUUCAUAUUCAGGUCGAAUUGCAUAUUCAGAUUAAAUUCCUGAAUAUUAUUUUUGUAAUUUUCUAUUGCUUAUGUCUACAAUUUCCAAUGGUUCCAUGAAUAUUUUGUUCUUUUUGAGUGUUGGGGGUAAUUCGCCUCAACUAUAUGGUUAAAAGAAUUCAACUUUUUUGGGAUUAGAAACCUGCACAUCACGUACUUAUUAGCAAUACUGAUUUUAUUAUUUUGUCACUUCAA